UUGGUGCCGACACCCCCACCUCCUGCUGCUUCAUCUAUAUCUCCCGGCAGAUUCCUCGCAAAUUUGUGGUCGACUAUUAUGAGACCAGCAGCCAGUGCUCCAAGCCCGGUGUCAUCUUCCAAACCAAAAGAGGCCGGGAGAUCUGUGCUGACCCCCGGGAGGCCUGGGUCCAGGAAUACAUCACCAACCUGGAGCUGAAUGCCUGA